UUCAGACGAUCUGUGCGCUGUGGCAGCGGCCGUGCUGGAGCGCUGUAGUCCGGGAUCAGAAAGGGGGAGAUGGGCUGAGGCAGACGGGACAGACCCGACAGCACCGACACCGACGGCCACUGCGCCUCAAGCACACGUACAGGAGGACCGACUCAGGAUUUCUCGCAGGUCCAGCUUUGCCUCUGCUCCCCCCCCCCACUUCCCUCCGCUCUUCCCUCGCUCCUCGUUCUGCGCUCCCGGACCGAGCAGGCCGGGGAAUGUCCCGGCGGCAACAUGCCUUACGUGGACCGACAGAACCGCAUCUGUGGCUUUCUGGACAUCGAGGAGAAUGAGAGCAGUGGCAAGUUCCUGCGCCGUUACUUCAUCCUGGACACACAGCAGGGAAGCUUGGUGUGGUUUAUGGACAACCCGCAGAACCUGCCGAUUGGUGCAGACUGUGUUGGUUCACUUAAACUCACCUACAUCUCUAAGGUCAGCGAUGCCACCAAGCUGAGGCCUAAAGCAGAAUUCUGUUUUGUCAUCAAUGCCGGGAUGAGGAAGUUCUUCCUGCAGGCCAAUGAUCAGCAGGACCUUGUAGACUGGGUCAGCGCUCUCAAUAAAGCCACCAAAAUAACAGUGCCAAAGUUGUCCGAUGGCCAGCAGAACUCUGAGAACCAGAAGUCCUUGCCAGAUGUCGUCGGACCCAAGAAGCAAGUCUCCUAUAAGACCGAGAUCAUUGGAGGAGUUCCCAUCGUUACCCAAACACAGCAUGAAGGUGGUGAUGGUGCCGACCGCGCGGAGCGUGAAGCCUUGCAUCGCUCUCACAGCCAGCUGCCGUACUUCCUGGGUCGACCGGCUCAGGAGCACACCGUCAUCAAGUCGGGAUACUGCGUCAAGCAGGGAGCCGUGAUGAGGAACUGGAAACGACGAUACUUCCUCCUGGAAGAAAACUCAAUGAGUUACUUCAAAUCAGAUUUGGAGAAAGAACCUUUAAGAAUGAUCCCGCUAAAAGAAGUCCACAAAGUCCAGGAGUGCAAGCAGAGUGACAUCAUGAUGAGAGAUAAUCUAUUCGAAGUCGUCACAACAUCCAGGACAUUUUACAUCCAGGCCGACAGUCCAGAGGAGAUGCACAGCUGGAUCAAGGCUAUUUCAGGGGCCAUUGUCGCCCAGCGGGGUCCGGGGAGGUCUGCUGCCACAGAACACGGCAGCCGUUCCUCUUUCUACCGCAGCCCCGCGGGUCCCCCCGUCCCUCGCUCGCCCAUAUCUGCCAUGCCACCAUGCUACCCAGAGUGGGGGGCCGCCGUCACGUGCGCCACACGCGCGCAGCCUGGCGUGGGACAGCGAGCACUUCAUGAGCCUGCUGCCGCGCCCCAGUCACAGCCACACGCCAGCCCGCCUGUCCCUGCAGGAGACGCGCCUGGCCAAGUGACCUGCGAGCAGCCCGUGACCACCACCACCGCCGCCGCCAACUCCGAGGAGUCACCGUGGCGACGGCGGAGCAGCUUCGAGCCGCACGCGUCCGAAGCGCUCCUCCACCUGGACGAGGCCGACCUGCCGGUGAGCGAGGUCUGACGGACGCUGAAGGUGGGAGCUUUGGCGCUAAAGCACGGCGGCGUUUGGUUCCCGGAGCCGAAGCCGCCUCAGAAAACUCAUCCUCGGAGCUUUUCCUUCAGCGUGCGAGAGAAACACGCCGGGUGAACUCUGAGCUGCACUCCAGUGCCAAAGACGACCCAGCCCAUCGCCCUCGCAGCCCCGCCCGCUCUCACAGCUAGAACGGCGUCAUUUACAGAGACGCAGUCCAAAACAAAAGCCCAUAUUUUACUUGUGCUGAUUAAAAUUGAAUAAUAGAACUUUAUUCCGAGCUGUACAGGCACAAUGCGUUCGGCGGUAUUUAUGGCAGGAGGAUUUUUGUAAACCACUUUGUGCCAAGAAAAUAAGGGAGCUUGUCAAGGGCGCAGGCCGGCUCCUCGUGUCUUCAGACCGAGGACACGACGUCGGGCGUCCCUUUAGAUGUACUAACACUAAACCGUGUGUGGUCCGUUCUCACACUCAUUAACAGAACACUGGAUUUGUGUACUAUUUCUGGCCAGUGCUGAGGUUAUGCAAAUUCAAAGUGGGAUUCAUGGAUGGACGAGGACUAGAUUUGCAGACAUUUAUUAGUUGUGUGUCCUGAUGUGCAUAAUUAUGCAAGACCAAAUGUAUUGCAGCCACAUUUUUUUUUUUUUUUUUUUUUUAACCAUUUGCUAAGAUCUUGACUUGAACAUCUUUGGGGGGGGGGGGGGGGGGGGCGGGGGGAAUGCACAGGAGCGUUCACAUCAGUUAUUUUAGGGUUUGUUUGUUUUUUUUAAUUGAUUGAGUAGACGACUGUUAAUGACCACAAGCUAAUUUGUACAGUUUAUCCACCAGAAGUGAGAGUACUAUGCAGAAGUCCACAAAAACAAGCACGUGUGUCAUUUCACAACCCGAAUCAGCUUUUUUUUUUUGUUUUGAUUUUGUUGCCAACUGCAUUUCAGUGUGUUAGACUUAAUGAACUAUGUGGGGAAAAUACGAUACAGCGACUGCGUUUGUACGCGUUUUGUAAUUCAUAUUUAAUAAAAAGUGCAGCAGAGCAGGGUUAGACGUGGCUCGAUCACAGUUCAAAGGUAAAAUCUACACGUCGUGGAAACUCUCCGGAUCGUAGUUUAUCCUCAGUCGACGUUUCUGUUGCAUGCUACCUUUUCAAUGUUCUCUCGGUUUGUCUCUGUUUAUCUACUCUCUUUGGUUGUUGUUGUGUUUGCAGACUAGAAACAGAUUUAUUUUUGAUAUGCUUUUAGACGUGUCCUGGUCCUCUUGGAACUGUGUUCCCAAACCAGUAGCAGAACGCUGCCUCAUGGUGUUGUUUUAAAAACUCUCUCCAAAAAAAAAAAAAAAAAUCCACACUAUGCGUUUCUUUCUUUCUUCUUCUUUUUUUUUUUAAGUGCCUGCUUUCUUUUAUUUCAACCCAAGCAAAGCCAAACUAUUUCAUCCCACCUUUACAGUCUGGUGUAAUUGGUUUGAAUUGUCUCUAUUUAUUCUGUGGAUGACUUGAAAGAAAUAAACACUGAAAAUGUG